UUCACCGGCCGGCCGUAGGAAUCAGAGGGAGAAUACGAUCAAGAUGGACAAGGAAGGGCACUCGCUACCGUCGGCGUCGUGCGCCGACGGCCGGAAGAGGAGAGUCUGCUACUACUACGACCCGGGCAUCGCCAACGUCGACUAUGGCGCCGACCACCACAUGGUGCCCCGCCGCGUCGCCAUGGCGCACGCCCUCGUCGAAAAAUACGGCCUGCUCGCCGACAUGGAGCGCCUCCGUGUCAGGCCAGCCACCAAGGCCGAACUGCGGGCCUUCCACGACGACGCCUACGUCCGCCUCCUCCACGACAUCACCCAGGACGCCGACCAUCGCCAAGGCGACGCCGAGAUCCUGGAGACCGCCAGGGCGUGCGGCAUCGGCGUGCCGGACCCCGGCGAGACCGCCGCAUACGAUAACCCCGUCAUCGACGGCCUCUGGGACUACUGCGUCCGCUACGCCGGCGGGUCGCUCGCGGCCGCCCGCGCGCUCGCCUCCGGCACCUCCGACAUCGCCAUCAACUGGUCCGGCGGGAUGCACCACGCGUGCCAGGGCAGGGCCAGCGGCUUCUGCUACGUCAACGACAUCGUGCUCGCCAUCCAGGAGCUCCUGAAGCACUUCGAGCGCGUGCUCUACGUGGACAUCGACGUGCACCACGGCGACGGCGUGGAGGAGCACUUCAAGAGGGAGAGCCGGGUGAUGACGGUCUCGUUCCACCGCUACGGCGAGGACCGGCCCGGGGGCGAGAAAUUCUUCCCGGGCACCGGCACGGCCGAGGACGUCGGCGAGGGCGACGGCAAGUACUACACUCUGAACGUGCCCAUGGAUGCACACAUGGACGACGAGAGUUACCAGCACCUUUUCCGGCCGAUCAUGCACAAGGUCAUGGAGAAAUUUGUCCCGGACGCCGUGGUGCUGCAGUGCGGCGCGGACUCGCUCUACGGAGACAGGCUGGGCAACUUUAGACUAUCCGUGAAAGGCCACGCCGGCUGCGUCAGCUACCUCCGUAGCUUCAACGUGCCGCUCCUCCUCCUCGGCGGCGGCGGGUACACUAUCAACCAUGUCGCCUCCUGCUGGUGCUACGAGACGGCGGUCGCCGUGGGCAAGGAGGAGGGGAUCUCCGACGAGAUACCCUUCCACGGGUACGAGCAUUACUACAGGGACCAGGGCUAUAAGCUGCAUUUCACGGUGCCGAAGACGAACGGCAACAAGAUCGACGUUGCUGCAAUGGAAAAGAUAAAGCAGGAUGCCCUUAUGAACCUGGCCAUGCUCAAGCCACCGCCGACGACCCAAAGGCACCGCCGGCCAAGCAAAAGACAUGGCAUCGACGUCAACGCCCUAUUUGACCAUCACAGCAAGAAUUCAAAGGAAAAAGAUAAAAAGUCUAAGAAGUACCGCAGGGAAGAGGACGACCCCAUGGAGAGGCUGCACCGGCUCUGCUGCGAGGCCGACCGCUAUAGUUUCUUCACUGAGCUGGGGAAGAGAAAGGCAUGUGAGGUGGCAAAUACUACUUUCUCUAAUCCAAAAUAAGUGUCUAGUUUUGAACAUAGCUGCCAUUGGUGAAGGGAAA